AUGGUUCAGGGGUUGAGGGCACUCAAAUCGGCGCUAGUGGAAUACGUCAAGAGAUGCGUUGCUGAGAGGCGGUCGGCGCCGGCCAAUCACCCUACUGGGCCAAGUACCACCCCCCUCGACGACGACGGAAUCGAAACUAAGACGGCGUCUCAAGCUGGCGUGGAUCGCCCGGUGUAUUCCGGCGCGCACGACACUAGAACUAGCGGUCAUGUUGGCGGCGGUGGCGAGGCUGACUUGGUAGGAGGAGAGGAGCGGAGGGCAGGGUCCGUUGAGGAGUCAUCUACUGACUCAGAGUCAGAGUCGGGAUCCGAGGAGGAGGAUGAAGAGGAGGAGGAGGAGCGUGCAGGGAAGAAGGCUGUUGGUGCUGAGGCGGACACAGACGCCGACCACGGUGCUGGUCGUGACCCGACGUCGACCGGCGGGACAGGCGCAACUGCAGCGUCGGCUGGGGACAAGCCUCGUAGGAAGGCGCCGGUGCAUGGUCAGCCUGCGUCGACCACAUCUUCAAAGUCGGCGUUUGCAGCCGCACUUGCUCACGUGAAGCGACUGGAAGAGGAGAACAGGAAACUGAGGGACGAGAAUGCGGGGCUGCGGUCGGAUCUGGUUACCGAGAGGGGUCGGACGGAGGGGUUGUUGGCGACGGCGGCUGAGUGCCUCGCGGCUGUCAAGUCGCUUACCGAACGCGUCGCCGCCGCCGAGCAGACCGCGGGGACACACAUCUCCACAGCCACAGCAGCCAUGACCGGCGUCUUCACCAAGGUGCUGGAUGAUCGGGUUCCUCUGGUCAAGGCGUGCAGCAGCAUGGCGACGCCGUUGUUGGGGGAAAUCACAAAGGGCUUGGACAAGCUGGCCGUCGCCCGCCGUGAUGCCGACGUGCGGUUGGGGAACCACGUGACCAGCGUGGGGGAUAACGUUAAGGCGGUGUUGGCCGAUUACAUCCAGACCAAGUUAGCCUCAACUUCCACCAACAUCUUCGGCGGCUUAUCCCGCAGCAUCGCGCCGCCCCCGCCCGGUCCAUCCCCCGCGCUGCCUGAAGAAGUCAUCAAAGCAAUGAGGGAUGACAUUGUUCAGGCGGUAACCGCCGUCACGCAGCAGGCGCUGGGAACCGUCGGCUUCACGCUUCUGCCCAACGUGCUUGCUACAAUGAGGCUGGGGCAGCGUGGUUCGUCCCCGUCAGCCGGCGACCUGGAGACCGCGCAAAGGCAAAGGCCGGAAAAAAGGGCUGGCAGCGGAAGUGCAGCCGACGGCGACAACGCGGGAAAUUCGAAGCGGAGUAAAGGUGUUGGUGGGGAGCGAGCAGUCGGCGGCGACGUUCCAGAUCGUGCCCAGUCCGGUUCUCCCGUCCUCGACAUGCUGAGGAGAAAAGGGGCGACAACUCGGCUCCUUGGCCCGCAAAGUAGAGGCGGAGCCGGCGGCAGCUCGGAGGGCAGGACUGCCGCCGAGGAGGGUGUGCGAGCCGGCGGGUCUUCCACUCACGGCGGUGGAAGGAAAGGUCCGGAGAUUCCACGUCCUGGAGCAAGCGAGGUAGCACCACCGCCGUCCGAUCGUGGUAACGUCGCCGUUGAAUCGGUUGAAGUGCAGGCCGACGCGGCGAUACCUACCAUCAACACGGCGACCGGUGCCAGUACCAACGCCGGACUCACCAGGCUCCUGUGGUCGGCGUGGGGGGGGGACACGGGCGCCCUCGGCGUGGAGGACACGGGCGAUCUCGGCGUGGAGGAUGAUCCCGUGGCGAGAGCGUUGAUGGAGGAGCUUCUUGCUUUUCAGGCGCCAUCGCAGCAGCAGCCCGUCGCCAUCGACAACGCCGCUGUCCCAACAACUCGCGGGGGGGCGCAACCUGUCGCCGGUACAGCACCAACAGCCCCGGUCUCGGCCGAUGUCAACGCGCGUCACACGGCAGCACCAUGUGCUGAUCCGCCGACAACUGGGCCCGUCGCAGCGCCAACCACGGGGCAAGACAACGCCGGUCAGACCCUCACGGACCCGGUCGCGGCCAUGCUUCUGGCCGCGGUCAACUCGUUUCAAGCGGCGGCACCUUCAUCGCAUCCGCCAACUACUGUCACCAGCGCUGCGCCGACCAUGCAGCUCCCUGCCGCUGUUGCCACGCCAUCGGACCCAGUCUCGGACAUGCUGAUGGCCGAGGUCAACGCGCUUUUAGCAGCUGCACAAUCCGCUCAACCGCAGACUCACGGCACGCGCACUGCGCCGACCACGGUGAACUUGGGGGAGCCCGUACACCAAGAAGCGGCAAACGAGACGGUUCCAACGGCGGUGCCAACGCAUCACCAGGUCGGCGCGGCGUCCGGACAAGGUGAUUGGGGCGCGGUGGCAGGAGACGAUAGUGCGGGGGAGAUCCCUCUCAUCAUCGAGGACGAGGAUGUGGAAUUGAUACAAGCGACGAUGGAAGCAGACGAAGUUGCCGCACUUCAGUCUGUGGGAGGUACGUCGGGCAUCAGUGGCGUGGAGGGUCGGCCUGCCGGUGUUACAGCGUCCACCCAGGCCGGGCAGACCGUGCAGCCGGCCCGUUUGGCGUCCACCGGCGUCAGUGUAGCCGGCCAGGCUGUUCCGCCCAUUCAGAGUCAUCCUGCCGGCUUCAUACAGGUGGAUAGGGCCUUCCAGACCGGCCCGACCGGCGUCAGUGGAGCUGACCAGGCUGGUCUGGCGGGACCGUCCACUCGGCCCACCGCCGUUACAGUGGCUACUCAGGCCGUCCAGGCUGUUCCGCCCAUACAGAGUCAUCCUGCCGGCUUCAUACAGGUGGAUAGGGCCUUCCAGACCGGCCCGAGCGGCGUCACUGGUUCUGACCAGGCUGGUCUGGCGGGACAGUCCACUCGGCCCACCGCCGUUACAGUGGCUACUCAGGCCGGCCAGGCCGGGCCUUCGGACAGGUCGGCGGGCGUCACUGUUGCGGACCUAGCGGGUCAGGCGGGGACGUCCACUGUUCUGGCCGGUGGACCAGUGGGUGAACACGCCGAUAAGGAUGGAUAG